GUCAAAUUACUUGUAUAUAAUAACAAUAUGUUGUGUGUUAUUUUACCUUCGUAAGUAUAUUUACAACCCUAGUAUAAUGUAGUGACAAUGCAGUAUGGUAAGACACUUGGACAUCGUAGGACGCAAUUUUUUUUUUUAAUUUUACUAGCUAUUAACUGAUUUUUUAGUUGUUGAGUUUCCUAUUGAACAAAAAUGAUUUAUCGUUUAUUAUUUAAAUACAACUUUUAUUUGAAGGCUAGAACCAUUUCGACUCGUAACCUGAAGCCUAAUGAAAUACUUACAGAUUUGUUUGGAAGAAAGCACAAUUACCUUCGAGUGUCUCUGACGGAACGUUGUAACUUAAGAUGUGAAUAUUGUAUGCCAGUGGAUGGAGCUAAACUGUCGAAAAAGAACGACUUGCUUACUAAUGAAGAAAUGUUAAAGCUGGUGAGCCUUUUCGUCAAACAAGGGAUUAAUAAGGUGCGGAUAACCGGUGGCGAGCCAACUGUAAGGAAAGAUAUAGUAGACAUUGUCAGAUCUCUAAAAGAGCUAAAUGGUUUACGAACGAUCGCGAUGACAACAAACGGAUUGACUCUAACAAGAACUUUAGUAAACUUACAAAGAGCCGGUUUAAAUGCCCUGAAUAUAAGCCUGGACACAUUACAAUCACAAAAAUACGAAAAGAUUACUAGGCGAGACGGAGGCUUACUAAAACGAGUGUUAGUUGGCAUCGACUUGGCCUUGCAACUUGGUUUUAAUCCUGUCAAGGUGAAUUGCGUAUUAAUGCGAAAAUUUAACUUGAGCGAGCUGUGCGAUUUUGUAGAAUUCACAAGAAACCUUAACGUGGACUAUAGAUUUAUCGAGUUCAUGCCGUUUGCGAUGAACAAGUGGGACGAACAACAAUUAGUUCCCUACAAAGAAGCCGUGGAGAUAAUAACAAAAAAAUUUCCAAACUUUCAACCGUGUGCGGACAACAACACGAACGCCACUUCUAAAAUGUUCAAGGUGCCGGAAUUCAAGGGCCGAGUUGGGUUCAUAACUUCUAUGACAGAUGAUUACUGCGAUGGGUGCAAUCGAUUGAGACUAAUGGCCGAUGGUAACUUGAAAGCUUGCUUAUUUCAAAACAACGAAAUAAGUUUAAGGAAUGAAGAAUCUUUCAAAAAUGAUAAAUCGUCCAAUGGUUUUAAUUGGCGGAUAGGUAAUCUCUUAAAAAGUAAUAUUACAAGAAAAACUUUAUUUGGUGAAUGUAUAAAUUUAUAUUCUAUACCAAAAAGUACAAAUGGAAAUAUAAUUAGUAUUAGACAAAAUCACAGUUUCACACAUAUCGAUCCCAAAUCUGGUAAAGCUUGUAUGGUUAAUAUUGUUGAUAAAUUAGUGACUCGUCGUACGGCCGUAGCUGAAGCCAUAAUUAAAUUGGACGAGACUACAGUAGAACUAAUUGAUGAAAAUCUCAUAAAAAAAGGAGAUGUAUUAGGAGUAGCACAGAUAGCUGGAAUAUGCGCUGCUAAAAAGACUUGGGAACUUAUACCUUUGUGCCAUCAAUUAAAGCUUGAUGGCAUAACGGUCGACGUCCAGUUGAAAAAGUCAAAUUCUUCAGUUAAAGUGACCUCAAGUGUAGUAACACAAGAUCGUACUGGAGUUGAAAUGGAAGCCUUAACAGCGUGUACCAUAGCCGCAUUAGUAGUAUAUGAUAUGUGUAAAGCAGUUAACAGGAAUAUAGUAAUCGAACAUGUUAAGUUGAUUUCCAAAACUGGUGGCAAAAAUGAUUUUACAUCAAAUGUACACAGAACACAGUAAAAUUUUAAAAUUUUAAUAACAAUAUUACAAUGUAUUUUUUACAUAUUGGUUAUAAAUCAUAAUUUGUAUUAUUAAUAUUUUAACAUACAUAAAUACAUAUUACUUUAUAUUAUUCUAGUGUUCAUAAUUUAUGCAAACAAUAAUGUACAAUUGUAAUAAAACAUUUAAGAUUCUAUAUAAUAUUAUAUGAGUAAGAAUUGUAAAUAAGCUAAACUAGCGAAUAAGCAUAAUAUGUUUGUUGUAAUAAUAUAUUAUAUUAUUAUUUAUAUCUCAUUAAAUAAUUAAAAUUGUCAUGAUAAACAAUCAACUGAAAAUUAGGAUCUAAAAAUAGUAAUAAAAAUACUAAGUAUAAUGGUAACUUAAUAAACAGUUUCUAUUACAAAUUAAUGACUAGUGUUAUAACACUAGGUUUAUAAGUGAUACAAUAACAGUGUGGCUAUGCUCUCCCUCCCUCUAUAAUUUACAGUA